AUGGCGUCCUCUCUCUCGCCCGCCUGCAACGCUCCGAAGCAUCACUACGACACCUGCUUCAACCACUGGCUCAAGUCGUACCUCACCCUCAUCGCGCCGCCUCUCUCGAACCCCUCGGACACCCCCGCCGGCAUGAAGGAACGUGAGAAGCGGAACAAGGCCAUCGAGGAGAAGAAGCAGGAGCUCGAGACAAACUGUGGAGCGGCGUACAAGGACUACCAGAACUGUCUGCGGACGGCCAUUCAAGGCAUCGAGGACCUCCCCGAACUGCUCGACACUGCACGACGAGAAGAGCCUCUCGACGGAUGGGGCGGAAUCAAGGUUGCGACGGAGAACGACCUGAAACGAUGA